AUAUUUCACCCGGAGAUUGACAACGCGUCAACUUUUCAUUGACUUUUUUCACCUAAAUUCUUUAAGAAGAAUUUAUAAUAAAAGAAUGGCAGCUUCAAAUAGCACAACAUGCCUCAUUUCGGCAGCCUUAUUCGUUCUUUUAUUUGCUAUUAUGCAAAUUUACAAACAACAAUUAGCAGCACAGCAAAGCAUGACGAUUCUUGGAGGAUUUUUGGGUUCUGAAUUAUUUGUUUUGGCUAUUACAGCUGUCUCUAAUUUUGAAAUGGCUCUUUUUGGUAGCAAUUUCCAAGCGAAACUAUUCCCUGAAGUUUUCGGUUGUUUAGCGAUUUCAAUGUUCGCCUCGGGAUUAGUACACCGAGUAUGCGUUACUACUUGUUUCCUCUUCUCAGCACUCGCUUUGUAUUUCAUCAAUAAGAUAGCUAAUGCAAAAUAUGCUCCGAAGGAAGUUGCUGUUAAUUUUGGUAAAGGAAAACGAAAGAAUUAGUGUUAAGACGAUACAUCUUCUUUACUCUUGUUCUCUUUGCAGAGAGUUUAGUUUGUAAAAUUACAUAACAAUACAAUUAUUUGCUAUAGUAUUGUAUUUU